ACAUCAUUCAUACUUUGUUGUUUUUGACAUUAACAUCUCACUACACCAUGGUCUCUCCGAGAGUUCUUUAUUUCCUUUUUCUACUCUUAAUUACUCUCACAUCUCAGGCUAAUGCGAAGCCAGAAUAUCCAUACGCUGUUUGCAUCACAGAAGGUGGAGAGUAUGCCCCUGAUAGCACCUACCAGACCAACCUCCACACUGUUCUUUCAAGGAUCAUUUCCGACACCCAGAUUGACUAUGGCUUCUACAACUCCUCCUAUGGCCAAGAUUCUGAUAGAUUCUACGCAACUGCCCUUUGCAGAGGAGAUGUCACCCCACACACUUGCCUCACUUGCCUCAACAAUUCUCGUUUACUUCUCCUAAAACAGUGUCCACGUCAAAAACGUGCAGUGGGAGGAUAUGGUGAAUGCAUGUUGCACUAUUCAUAUCGCUCAGUGUUAGGUUACUAUGAUUCCGAUUUCCGGGUCUACUUGCGUAGUGAAACCAGUGUAACAGACUGGGAUCAGUACAGUUAUGUGCUGAAGAAGUUGCUGCCAAUACUAAAAGUGAAAGCUGCAACAGCUGAUUCCAACUGGAAUCGCAAAUAUUCUUCUGGAAAUGCAACACAUCCGGAUUCUGAAACUGUAUAUGCUGCUGUUCAGUGUGCACCAGACUUGACAGAGGCAGAAUGCAAUGACUGCUUGGGUGGCGCUAUUUCAGAAUUACCAAAAUGUUGUAAUAGCAGAUCUGGUGGAGUGGUUAUUAAAUUCAGGUGUAAUUUCAGAUACGAGGACUUCAGUUUUUAUGAGCCUAUGGCUGACACACAAACGCUACAGUUGUCACCACAAGGAUCUCCAUCUCCUCCAUCACCUUCACCAUUCACCACUAAAAAUUCCCCGGAGAGUACUUAUCAUGGAAAAAGAAGCAAAUCAAAAGCUGUCAUCGCGAAAUACGUUGUGCCUAUUGUCUUUUUUGGGUUGCUGAUCUUUAUUUGCAUAUAUUUUGGAGUGCGGAAGCCAAGAAAAUAUUUUCAGAGUGAAGCUAAGGUUGAUGAAGAGUCGUUACUAAUAAACUUGGACACCAUCAGAGUCGGUACAAACAACUUCUCCGACGCAAACAAGAUUGGACAAGGUGGAUUUGGACGUGUUUACAAGGGGAAGCUCUUCAAUGAACAAGAAGUAGCGAUCAAAAGGUUAUGUAGCAACUCUGGCCAAGGAGAUACUGAAUUCAAGAAUGAAGUGCUUUUAAUGUCAAGGCUUCAACACAGAAAUUUAGUAAGGCUCCUUGGUUUCUGUUUUGAAAGAGAAGAACGUCUCCUUGUGUAUGAGUUUCUUCCCAAUAAAAGCCUUGACAACUUCUUAUUUGAUCCCAUCAAGCGCGCACAUUUGGAUUGGAAAACACGCUACAAAAUAAUUGAAGGCAUUGCACGCGGCCUUCUAUAUCUUCAUGAGGAUUCUCAGCAGAGGAUUAUUCACCGUGAUCUCAAAUUGAGUAAUAUUCUUUUAGAUGCAGAUUUGAAUCCAAAAAUUUCAGAUUUUGGCUUUGCAAGACUUUUUAAUGUGGAUCAAACUCAGGUUAAAGCAAGUAAAAUUGCUGGAACCUACGGAUACAUGGCACCUGAGUAUGCAAGGCAUGGAAAACUCUCAAUGAAGUUAGAUGUAUUUAGUUUUGGUGUAAUACUACUAGAGAUUGUAAGUGGUCAAAAGAAUGGUGGAUUCCGAAAUGGAGAGAAUGUGGAGCAUCUACUAAGCUUUGCUUGGACAAACUGGAGGAAUGGGAGAGCAGCUAAUAUUAUAGAUCCCACCUUAAAUAAUGCUUUGGGAGAUGAAAUAGUGAGAUGCAUUCACAUUGGACUACUUUGUGUUCAAGAAAAGGUUGCUGAUAGACCAACAAUGGCUUCGGUGGUCCUUAUGCUUGAUAGUCACUCUUUCGCUCUACCAGUUCCAUUGCAACCUGCCUAUUUUAUGAUUACUAGAUGUUCAUCGGUCAUCCAGUUCUCGGAGUUCGGUUCAGUGGAAACAGGAUCAAAUGAACACAAAAUUGACUCUGCUGAUGCAUCCACAAACGACGCUUCAAUUAGUAGUUUAUAUCCUCGUUAAAUGUAAAUUAUAUGAUCAUCGUCAAAAGUAACAACCAUAAAUGUACCAGGAAAAACAGUUUUUUAGUGCUUUCAUUACAAAGAAAUGUAUGUUAAAUUGACCAGUAAUGCAUGUGUGAAUUUUUGGUCCAA